UUUGCUUUUGCGGGUUCAAACUUGUGCACGCACAACGAUGAAGUCAGUAUGAUGUCAUUCCAUAUGGUCCAUCCUCCUGUCUCAAAGUGCUGUAAUUUUCUUCUACCACCGGAAAUUUGACUCGGGAGAGGAAUGCAGGACCCGUAGCCAGUUAUAAUUGUGAUUCAAGACACAACUUCUAUCAGCAGCAACCCAGUCAGACCAUGGCUGGCUUCAGACAAGAGGAUGUGGAGGCGUUCUAUGAUAUGGGAGAGGAGCUAGGGAGUGGACAAUUCGCCAUCGUACGGAAGUGUAAAGACAAGAGUUCUGGCUCGGAGUACGCCGCCAAGUUAAUCAAGAAGCGUCGCCUGUCGUCCAGCCGCCGGGGCGUAAGCCGUGAGGAGAUCGAGAGGGAGGUGAAUAUUCUGAGAGAGAUCCAGCACAGCAACAUCAUCACGCUGCACGACAUCUUCGAGAACAAGACGGACGUCAUCCUCAUCCUGGAGCUAGUGUCUGGAGGGGAACUAUUUGACUUCCUGGCAGAGAAGGAGUCUCUAACAGAGGAGGAGGCCACACAGUUCCUCAAACAGAUCCUGGACGGGGUCUACUAUCUACACUCCAAACGCAUCGCUCAUUUUGACCUGAAGCCAGAGAACAUCAUGCUGCUUGAUAAGAACGUCUCCAACCCCAGGAUCAAACUCAUCGACUUUGGCAUCGCUCAUCAGAUCAAAGCUGGGAAUGAGUUUAAGAAUAUCUUUGGAACGCCAGAGUUUGUUGCUCCAGAGAUAGUCAACUAUGAACCACUCGGACUGGAGGCUGACAUGUGGAGUAUUGGAGUUAUCACGUACAUUCUGUUGAGUGGUGCCUCUCCGUUCCUGGGGGAGACCAAGCAGGAGACUCUGACCAACAUCUCUGCUGUCAACUAUGACUUUGACGAGGAGUACUUCAGCAAUACCAGUGAGCUGGCCAAGGACUUCAUCAGACGCCUGCUGGUCAAGGAUCCCAAGAAGAGGAUGACCAUCGAUGACAGCCUUCAGCAUCCCUGGAUCAAGGUGAUCAAGAGGCGGAACGUGCGCCAGGAGGAGAGCGGGAAGAAGCCGGAGCGCAGGCGCCUGAAGACCACGCGUCUAAAGGAGUACACUAUCAAGUCCCACUCCUCCAUGCCCCCCAACAACACCUACGUCAACUUUGAACGCUUCUCCCAGGUGCUGGAGGAGAUCGCUGCUGCUGAGGAGGGGCUGAGAGACCUGGAACAAAACCAGAGGUCGUGCCGGGAGGAUGUGGCUGCUCUCCUGUCUAUCUACGAGGAGAAGGAGGGCUGGUACAAGGAGGAGAACCAGAGCAUCGCCAGCGACCUGGGUCACAUCCGCCAGGAGCUGCAGCGUACCCAGGCCCAGCGCAGGCAGAGUCAGGAGGAUGCCCGCGCCACCAUGCUGGCUGCUAACGCCCUCAAGAGGAAGUUUGGCCGUCUGGAGAACCGUUACGAGGUCCUGGCAGAACAGGUGGCGUCGGAGGUGCUCUGGGUGGAGGAGCUGGUCAGGGGGAUAGAGAAGGAGAAGGACAGCCUCGUCAUGCCCUGAGUUUGGCCUGGCUUCUAGUUUCACUGACCUGGCCAUGCCCUGAGUUUGGCCUGGCUUCUAGUUUCACUGACCUGGCCAUGCCCUGAGGCCAGGCCUGGCUUCUAGUUUCACUGACCUGGCCAUGCCCUGAGGCCAGGCCUGGCUUCUAGUUUCACUGACCUGGCCAUGCCCUGAGGCCAAGCCUGGCUUCUAGUAUCACUAACCUGGUCAUGCCCUGAGGCCAGCCUGGCUUCUAGUAUCACUGACCUGGUCAUGCCCUGAGGCCAGCCUGGUUUGGUACAGACACCGGUCUUAUAUACCAGCUGUCAUUAGAUUCAGAACAAGGGCCCAGAGUUUUUCUGGUGAGGGAAAACUCUGGCCCCUGGUCCUAAGUCAUGAUGCUACACCCCCUCAGACAUUUGAUUAGGAAAAAUGAUCCCCCUUCCCCAUCUUCCCUUUCUAAUGAGAGCACCAACAAUGUCCCUCCCUACUAUGAAUACAUUUAAUCAACUAAAUAUGUGUUUAAAGAAUGUCCAUUCCAGUAUUUUCUAAAUUAAUUCAUAACGUUAAAAAUUGUAAAGAUUGUGAUUCAUUUUUGCAGUAUAUUUGGUUAAGAUGAUGAUACAUGCAUACAUACAGGAAGGUUUUCUGCACCUGCAAUCAUUUUCCUAUCGUUUUUUUAGCCCCAUACUUAAAGGGAUAUUUAUCAUUAACAGCUGACUAUGAUUGACCAAUAAAGCCCAAGGGGGUGUGGUAUACGGCCAGUAUACCGUGUCUAAGGGCUGUUCUUAUGCAUGAUGCAACGCGGAGUGCCUGGACACAGUCCUUAGCCAUGGUAUAUUGGCCAUAUACCACAAGCCUCCAAGGUGCCUUAUUGCUAUUAUAAACUGGUUACCUACAUAAUUAGAGCAGUAAAAACAAAUGUUUUGUCAUACCCGUGGGAUACAGUGUGAUAUACCACGGCUGUCAGCCAAUCAGCAUUCAGGGCUGGAACCACACAGGUUAGAAGUAACAACAACAUAGUAGAAACAAUAGAACUUGUGUUAUAGGGAGAUUCCAUUUUGAACAUGAUCUUAUUGACACUCAACAACCGCCUUGCUGUACUGCGAAGCUACAGACAGAUGCAGAUACUAUACUAUAUAUUUAUACUAUAUAAAUACUAAUAGUUCUCUUACGUGUGAAGAGAGUCGUCUUAAAAUGGAUUGUACAAACCUGUUUUGCAACUUGCACGCAGCCUGUACAUUGAACACCUUAUUGCCUAUACAUAAGCUAAAUCAAGUGUGUAGUAAUGUCUAAACCUUUUCAUGAAUAAUGGUCUAGUGACUGUCCCUCCAAAACGUUUUAGGCCGGUUUCCCUGGACCCUGGACUAUAAAUAAUGGUCAAUGGAGAACCUCCAUUUAGAAAAUAGCAUUUUAGUUCAGUAUUUAGCUUAAUCUGUGUCCGGGGAAAACCGUCCCUUUCGAAUACAACUGUUGCACAGUAGCCUCAUACCAAAUGAUCUGCAUGUCUAUCUGCUACUAUAUUUGAAUGAUUGUUUUAGUCAGCCUUCUGUCGCUAUGACCAUAGCCCCACACUACAGACAUUCCAUGAGUUGGUCUUAAAUCUAUGCAUCACAUUCCAUGUUCCACAUAGAACUCUAUGUACUGUACAUUUCCCUAGUUUAAUAUACUAUUUUGCACUUAAAUAUAGCUGUGUUCCAAACUAUUUCCCAUUUAAUCAUUUCUUCUUUUUUUUUUUUUUUUUUUUUUUAAUGUACCCAAAACUUAUAAUGGUAUAUAGUGUUAAGUUUGAAUGAUGACAUAUUUAGAUGGGGUUUUGUUUCAAAUAAACAAACUCAUAACCUAAA